UUUUGCAGAAACACGCGUUCCCGGAUGUUGCUUGAACCGCUUCUACUAUCACUCUUUGCUUCCUUCUCUUCCAUUUGCUCGUCCUCAAUCCCCUCACAACAGGAUGGCGUCACCCUUCGAGAGUCUGCCGUCACUCGUCACCCAUGGAAUUUGCGAAUACCUCGACGUCGACGCAUGCUACUUAUCCGCCUUCUCAUUGACCUCCAAGCGAUGUGCGGCAGCUGCGGAGACCUUCCGGCUCAAGUGUAUCCAUCUUCGAUUAUCUCGAAAGUCGAAGCUCCUCAAAGACUUGAAAAGGCUUGAUGAGACGCUGAGCUCCACUAGCCAAGGUUACAGCCUUGUGCGCCAGCUGAAGCUCACAGGCGAGUUGCUAGGCAGCCAGAGCGAAGAUGGCGAAGAAGCGGUAGAAUUUCCGCAGCGAAUCGAAACCCCAAAGACCAACAGCUACGAUUUCUGCAUGCUACCAACGCUGUCUCGCGAAACCUUGUCGAGAUUCGUUCCCCUCCAAGGGCAUGGAAACAGAAUUCAAACGGAAUCAGAUGAGCAAAUGAAAGAAAUAAUGGAGGAUGCUUGGCUCCCACUCUCGGAUCUGAUCUUAAAGCUCUCCUUGACGGACUUGGUGUAUGCCUGCUCUCACCAGAUCCCCCCCUGCAUCUUGAGAACUCUGCAUGGGCAUUCUCUAGAGACUCGUCUUCAUAUGCACACCUUCAGCCUUCGGAGUCUUUACCAGCACAGAGACAGACCUCACGAUAUCGACCCUGACGAAUACUUGCUUGCUACAUCACCUUGCCUCUAUAGCGUCUUUGCAAAGUUCCACAUGGUGGGUGAAAGCGGUCGCUAUGGGUAUAACCUCCAAGCCUUGAAAGCUAUGCUUGGCGGUUUGGCACCGACACUAAAAUUGCUUUCAAUGUGGACAUUUUCUCCCAUUCCUUUUCCUCCUAGGACAUAUUCUGGUCGUCGAGAUUCAUCGUCACCGCCCCCAUGGCGGGGCUUCCAUGGCGAAGGCUUCGAAGCUCUGCCAAGUUCGAAAGGACAUCUUCACACCCUUGUUUGUGAUUUCAGCGAUGUUCAGACUUGGUUCACUCACAUCUACGCUGAAGGACUGGCUAGCCUGACUGUUAGCCGCGGUAUUUCCAUCCAGCAAGUUCAAGCUCUCAUCGAAACUGCCCAAAGUCCGGGCUUGACGGGCCUUCGCUCGUUACGGCUGCGUCUGAAUAUUACGUCCGAGGAACAUCGCGCAGGGAGAAGUAUGGACCUCGCUGCGAGCACGUUGAUUCGACUAUUACCGCCUCUGGAAUCGCUAGACCUAGAGGGUAUCACCCUCGCUCAACACACUCUCCAUGCAGUAGCGGAUCACCAUGGCCAGUCAUUGACAAAACUUCGACUAACAUCAUCCGAUGGGUGGUAUUGGAAUGAAGAUGAACGGGGCCAUUUCCGUCAUAAUGACAUCGAAAGGCUGGCGGCAACGUGUCUAAAUCUUAAACAACUGGAGAUUGUCACUCGCCGAACGCAAGGAGAUGACGAUGAAGUUGCCAUCUACCACGCCUUGGCGAAAUUCCCACGGCUAAAACGCGUCGUUUUGGUUGUUUGCACCGACCAUGACAUUCGAGAGCCCGAAGCGGACGGGGAUGUAGAAAAACUACCCCCGUCUGUCUUUCGCAAAGUCUUGGUCAACGUAGCCAUUGACGCGAAUCUCGCACGGAACAUCUUCCACAUAGUGUGCAGCGAGUCGAGUUCCAUUGAAUCUCUCCGGCUGAUAAACUCGGGAGGAGGAAAAUUGAGAGCAUGGCGCGACGCUGCUGCACAGGAUGUCUUGACAGGAGUCGGUCGGAGCUGGGAUUGCAGACGAGAGAGAAUGGGGGGAGAAGUAAUGAUCGGGUCGUUCGAGGUGGGAUCUAAGUCACUCUACUUGAAGAAUGAUUUUCAGGUGGACUACAACGACCGUGACCCUGAAAAUAUUGGCAACCGUCUCGACCUACGCGCAGUUUGGUUGGAUCUUUGGCCGGGGCCUGCAGGGGAUAGAACAAGUCAGUGGUCAAGUUUUCCUCUUGUUGGAGCCUAGAAUGUUAUGGUACAAGGCGCGAUUUUUACCCAUUUACAUGCAUCAAAACACAGCUCCUUGUUCCAUGCCCUGUCAAUUCAGAGCCCUAACUCAUCAGCUAUGACAAUCACAUGCCCCCAUGGUCACAAGAGCCACGGUCUAGGCCCAUCGACUCGACCAUGUGCGGUGGGGAAUUUUCCGCUGAUGCCGAUUUGGGUAAACGCCCGGCUAGUCACUUCUCCG